AUGCUCGAACAACCUGGUGUCGACGACGCUCCUCGCACCUGCCGUGUCUGCUUUGAUGAAGUGAGCGAAUCCGACCCGGACGUGGUACAGCCAUGCGAAUGCCUCGACGCAGGCCGCCCAUCGCUCGCCCACCGGACGUGCGUGCAGAAGUGGAUAUCAACGAGGCCAAAUCUGCGGUUGUCAUCGUACGGCCGACGCGACCUCGGCUUGUGCGAAGUUUGUUCCAAGCCGUGGCGCCAGCAGUACGAGCUUCCCGACCCGCCGGCCGAACUUUCUGUCGAAGAGCUCGAGAGCCGGGCCAACUGGAUGCUGUUUACUGCAUACGCGCGCUCGCAUCGGAUUGGCGGCCUGCAGCCGCGCGACACCGAUCAGCUCAUCCUGAACGAGCUCGGGCCCCACUUUGAUGGCCCCUGGAACGAGCCCGCGCAGGCGUGGCGCGGCACUCUCCCUCCAGCGUUGGCAGCGCAGCUCUCAUCCAUGAUUGCUCAGGAGAACCGGGGCCGCGCUGGCGGCGGCCGGGACGACGGCCCCCCCCCUGACCCCGCGGCGGGUGACGACGCGGGCGACGAGGAGGGGGCUGGCAGCGGCGGCGAGGAUAGCGGUUCAGGCGCCGCGGCGCCGGAGGAGCGGCUCACCCAAGCUAUUGCGCAAGCCUCGAUCGAGGGGCUUGCGUGA